CUUUUACAGAUAGAAGGCUUGGGAUCCGCCUAUCAUCAAGAAUUAUCACCUGAGGACAUCAGAAAGGAUCUAUUAUGGCUCGAAAGGAACCCAAACGAAAGUGAGGGCAAUUACGUUUUCCGUUCUGGAAAAUACGACAAACUGUUACAAAUUCUGGAAACAGCCGACCUUGAACGUCGGCGUCAGAAAGAAAAGAGACUUAAUGCACAGUUGGAAGCUGAACGUGAAGCAGUACGAAUAAAGAAGGAAGAGGAGCUUAGAUCGCAAAAAGAAGAGGAACGAACAAAGCAAGAGGAAAAGGAGCAGCAUAGAUUACGAGAGGAGAAAGAGCAGCAUAGAAUGCAGGUGGAGAAAAAGCAGAGUAGACUACUAGAGGAGGAAGAGCAGUCGAGAUCACACGAGGUAGAUGAUCAAAUGAAGCAAGAGGUGAAAUUGCAGCGCAGAACACAAGAGGUAGAGGAGCAGAAGAAGCAAGAGAGAAAUAAAAUAGAAGAGUCAACUGGCAAUGUGUAUCACAGUAAAAUCCAAUUAGAACUUCAAAAGCGUUUGCCAGCUCCUUCAAACCCGCCUAGCAGAGAUAUUUUGAGACAAUGCCCAUCUGCUUAUUCCCGUUCAUCUGCUCAGCCAGAACAUAGCUCUUAUCAAGGCAUUAACUCUGAAGCAUCCAUGUCCAGUUUCAAAGAAUCUAGACCAUGUCUCCAGUCUAAAAACAAUUUAAAGCAUACUUCUAAAGUGGUCAAUUACUCAGAGGCUUUGCCCUUCGUUCAGGAGGGCACAGUAAUUCGGGCAGAAUGGCAGCAAAUGAACCAACAUGAAGCAGAUUUUCCAAGGAACAAGCAUCUGCCGGAAGAGCUGAAACUUUUGUUGGCUCUGAGAGAACACUUCCUCACUGCUAAGAUUUCUUUUGAAGAGCUUGCGUUGUGGAAGGAACAAAAGGACCUUGGACAGGGUGCUGAACUAUCAGAUCUGGGAAGAUUAUUGAUUUGUAAUCAGGAAGCUGUGCUUCAAGGUUUGGCCAAAGACGCCUGCAUUCAGGUUUUAACUGAAGCACUCAGCACACACUGUGUACUUCUUACGGGAAAGUGCCAAGGUCCUUCAGAGCGUGAGUUUAUUUUCAUAGCAGUGCGCUAUAUCUCACACCAAGAACCUGUGGAAUGUUUGCUGGCACUUGUAGACUCUUCAGCAUCUGGCCAGGAGCUCUACAGUUGCUUUAAAAAUCUAUGCUCUGAGGCAUCUGUGCACUGGAAGGAAUCCCUACUCGGCAUAAGUAUGGAUGGUACACCAGCCUGUACAGAAUUCUACAAGUUGUUCCACAGUGAGGAUCCCAAUGUUGCUGAAGUCUGGAACAGUUCUCACCGUUUGGAUGACAAGAUAGCUCAAAAGUGUUAUAACUCUGAGUGGGGGAAAAAAUUCUUUGGUGUGAUUGAUUUAGUGAAAGAAUUCUUCAUGAAAGAUAGGUGGUUUAAGGUUUUGGUGAGACAGUGUUCCAUUGUGAAAGAAAAUAAGCUAGUGACCUAUGAACAAAUUGUAAACUUUCUAUAUUUCAAUCGGGAGGAAGUUUGCAAAGCACUUACAAAAAUACAAAGCAUUGAGCCAAAAGUUUUUUAUUUGGUAAAUUCUUUACAGAAUGACUUAGCAGACCAUGUUUUUAUCACACAAUUGGUGGUUUUUCACAAAAUACUCUGUGUGAUGAAAGAAACAUCAAAAGUGCUGAAAUUUCCCUCUGAUAUUGAUAUAAUGGUGGUAACAAACUGUGUUAGUAGACUACGCGAUAUAUCUUUUUUACAUGAGUUAAUGGCUGAUGCAAACAUGGUGAGAGAUAUUGAAGGUCCAACCCUUGGCCUUAUAUAUAAAAUGAUCGAGGCAGCUCGAACUGUCUUACAUGAUUGUUUACAGCAAUGUGCAACUUCAUUGCGAGACUAUCUCCUGUUAAGAGGAGACUCAAACAUUGAUAAUAAGUUGGGAAAUUUCCUCUUAUUACCUCAAAGUCGUAUCCAGAUGUCCCGUGAGUUGUAUGUAUCCCCUAUCUCCUUCUCUGCACCCUACGAACUGUUAAAAGAAGUCUCAGGUUUGAGUUCCACACAUCCUUGUACAUUCACAGCUGCCAGUCGAUUACUAACCAUGCCAUUGUUCCCAUCUCUAAAAAAAUGGACGGUUGCUAAAUUGCAAGAAAAUUUGUACAAAGCUGUGCCAUAUCCCACUUCCUAUCUAGCUGCAAUUUUUAUAUUGCAAUCAACUGCUGAGGAAGUUCAUCAGAUAAUUAAUGUCAAAAGGAUAUUAGGAAAAAUUCAAAAAUUACAGUUGAAUUCUGAAAGUGGUCCAUAAAUACUGACUCAGAACUGUUCAAAUUGUAAGAUGUAACUUAGUCAUAUUAGUCCUUGAAAGCUAAAUGUAAAUUAUUCACUUAGCUUGUAUUCUUACCUUGUUACUUUUAAUUAAGUAAAAACCCAACAACAAUCAAUAUGGAUGUUGUGGUAUGUUUCUUUGUAUCUCUUAGGAUAAAUUAACAUUUUAAUUCAAA